CCGCCUCCCUGCCGCGCCUGUCGGGGGCGGGGCGCCGCUGGGGGCGGGUCCUGCGGCACCGCCCGGGAAGCUGCGCGAGGCUCGACAACCUCCGCCACAUCCUCCUCCUCUCUUGGUCCAGCGAGCGUUGCCGGGCCAGGGUCCAGCGGAGGGCUCCGACGGCGCGGACGGAGCGAAGCGCCGAACCAUGGCGCACCAAACGGGCAUCCACGCCACGGAAGAGCUGAAGGAAUUCUUUGCCAAGGCACGGGCUGGCUCUGUGCGGCUCAUCAAGGUUGUGAUUGAGGACGAGCAGCUCGUGCUGGGUGCCUCGCAGGAGCUGGUGGGCCGCUGGGACCAGGACUAUGACAGGGCCGUGCUGCCACUGCUGGACGCCCAGCAGCCCUGCUACCUGCUCUACCGCCUCGACUCACAGAAUGCUCAGGGCUUCGAAUGGCUCUUCCUCGCCUGGUCGCCUGAUAACUCCCCCGUGCGGCUGAAGAUGCUGUACGCGGCCACACGGGCCACAGUGAAAAAGGAGUUUGGAGGUGGCCACAUCAAGGAUGAGCUCUUCGGGACUGUGAAGGAUGACCUCUCUUUUGCUGGGUACCAGAAACACCUGUCGUCCUGUGCGGCACCUGCCCCGCUGACCUCGGCUGAGAGAGAGCUCCAGCAGAUCCGCAUUAACGAGGUGAAGACAGAGAUCAGUGUGGAAAGCAAGCACCAGACCCUGCAGGGCCUCGCCUUCCCCCUGCAGCCUGAGGCCCAGCGGGCACUCCAGCAGCUCAAGCAGAAGAUGGUCAACUACAUCCAGAUGAAGCUGGACCUAGAGCGGGAAACCAUUGAGCUGGUGCACACAGAGCCCACGGAUGUGGCCCAGCUGCCCUCCCGGGUGCCCCGAGAUGCUGCCCGCUACCACUUCUUCCUCUACAAGCACACCCAUGAGGGCGACCCCCUUGAGUCUGUAGUGUUCAUCUACUCCAUGCCGGGGUACAAGUGCAGCAUCAAGGAGCGAAUGCUCUACUCCAGCUGCAAGAGCCGCCUCCUCGACUCCGUGGAGCAGGACUUCCAUCUGGAGAUCGCCAAGAAAAUUGAGAUUGGCGAUGGGGCAGAGCUGACGGCAGAGUUCCUCUACGACGAGGUGCACCCCAAGCAACACGCCUUCAAGCAGGCCUUCGCCAAGCCCAAGGGCCCAGGGGGCAAGCGGGGCCAUAAGCGCCUCAUCCGCGGCCCAGGCGAAAAUGGGGAUGACAGCUAGGAGGCUGGAGCAGGGCCGGCCACGUGUGGACUGUGGGGCUGCCCACCUUCCGCUCCCUGCCACCAUCCUCCUUCCUGGGCUCCAGGAAAGUGUUUCUGGGAGGUCAGGAGGGCUGGCAGCUGAACGCACUUGCAGUGUCCGAGGGCCACCGGGCUGGCAUUUUGUGACCCUUCCCUGUUGCUGUCCCUGCAUCUCGUCUGUGUGCCCAGGGUGUCCGGGGACCCUGCCUGGCUGGCUUAAGGGGGCUGGGUCAGGGGCCUGGCAUGAACCUGGCCUCCCGGGGAGCUGAGACUAGGGUCCCAGCACAGCCCAGAAACCUUUGGCCACAAGAAGUGGGGUCAGUCAGGGCUGGGGCAGGGGUCACUGCAGUUUGGGAUGGUUGAAUGCUGUAUUUUCUAAAGAAUAAAAUAUUUUUAAAUCAA